UCCGCCGCCGGUGCAGCCACCUGCAGCUCCUGCAGCUCCUGCAGCUGUUCCUGGUGCUGCAGCUCCUGCUCCUGCUGCUGCUUCUGCUGCUCCGGAGCCCCCAGCCCCGGGCCGGGCCCGCAGCUCCCGGGGCCGGAGGAUGUUGAUCGGGAUGGGACAAUGGAGAGGGACCCCAAAGUCCCUCGUGUGUGGGCGUUCCUGACGCUCUGGCUGCAGAGGAAGCACCGAGCCAAGCCCUGCAGCCUUCAGCUGCCGGCCCCCAGCCAGCUCGCCAGCCCGGGGGAAGGUGUCGUGCAGGAAAUCAACAUCACCCACCAUGUGAAGGAGGGCUCUGAGAAGGCUGAUCCCUCCCAGUUUGAACUCCUGAAGGUGCUGGGACAGGGCUCUUUUGGCAAGGUUUUCUUGGUGAGAAAAAUAACACCCCCAGACAGCAACCACCUCUAUGCCAUGAAAGUGCUCAAGAAGGCGACGCUGAAAGUGCGGGAUCGACUGAGGACAAAGAUAGAAAGGGACAUCCUGGCUGAUGUCAACCAUCCCUUUGUGGUGAAACUCCACUAUGCAUUCCAGACCGAGGGGAAGCUGUACCUCAUCUUGGAUUUCCUCAGAGGAGGUGACCUUUUCACUCGGCUUUCUAAAGAGGUCAUGUUCACUGAGGAGGAUGUGAAGUUCUACCUGGCAGAGCUGGCACUGGGACUCGACCACUUGCACAGCCUGGGGAUCAUCUACAGGGACCUCAAGCCAGAGAACAUCCUCUUGGAUGAAGAGGGGCACAUCAAACUCACAGAUUUUGGCUUGAGUAAGGAGGCCAUAGACUACGAGGAGAAAGCCUAUUCCUUCUGUGGGACUGUGGAGUACAUGGCCCCAGAGGUGGUCAAUCGGCAGGGCCACUCUCACAGCGCUGACUGGUGGUCCUAUGGGGUCCUCAUGUUUGAAAUGCUCACAGGGUCACUGCCCUUCCAGGGGAAGGACCGUAAGGAGACCAUGACCCUCAUCCUCAAAGCGAAACUGGGCAUGCCACAGUUCCUGAGCACUGAGGCUCAGAGCCUCCUGCGAGCCCUUUUCAAAAGGAAUCCAGCCAACAGAUUAGGGUCUGGGCUAGAUGGGGCAGAGGAGAUCAAGCGCCACCCUUUCUACUCUACCAUCGACUGGAAUAAGCUGUACCGCAGGGAAAUCAAGCCCCCUUUCAAGCCUGCAGUGGGCCAGCCAGAUGACACCUUUUAUUUUGACACAGAAUUCACGUCAAGGACACCAAAAGAUUCCCCGGGUGUCCCCCCGAGUGCAGGGGCCCAUCAGCUCUUCCGAGGCUUCAGUUUUGUGGCAACUGGGUUAAUGGAGGAUGGCAAAAUGAAACCUGCCCAGCCACCCCUGCAUUCAGUUGUGCAGCUGCACGGCAAGAACGUCCAGUUCAGCGAUGGCUACGUGCUGAAGGAGGCCAUCGGCGUCGGCUCCUACUCCGUCUGCAGGCGCUGCAUCCACAAGGCCACCAACAUGGAGUACGCAGUCAAGGUGAUAGACAAGAGCAAGCGAGACCCCUCUGAGGAGAUUGAGAUCCUGCUGCGGUACGGGCAGCACCCAAACAUCAUCACCCUGAAAGAUGUGUACGAUGAUGGGAAGUACGUGUACCUGGUGACUGAGCUCAUGAGGGGAGGAGAGCUGCUGGAUAAAAUCCUCAGACAGAAAUUCUUCUCAGAGAGAGAAGCCAGUUCAGUGCUGCACAUGAUCUGUAAAACAGUGGAGUAUCUGCAUUCCCAAGGGGUGGUGCACAGGGACCUGAAGCCCAGCAAUAUCCUGUAUGUGGAUAAAUCAGGAAACCCCGAGAGCAUCCGGAUUUGUGACUUUGGCUUUGCCAAGCAGCUCAGGGCUGAGAACGGGCUCCUCAUGACCCCCUGCUACACAGCAAACUUUGUGGCACCUGAGGUCCUGAAACGGCAAGGCUACGACGAGGGCUGUGACAUCUGGAGCCUGGGGAUCCUGCUGUACACCAUGCUGGCAGGCUGCACUCCCUUUGCAAAUGGUCCCAGUGACACUCCAGAAGAGAUCCUGACACGGAUAGGAGGGGGCAAGUUCUCAAUCAGUGGGGGCAAUUGGGACACUAUUUCUGACAUGGCCAAGGAUCUGGUAUCAAAGAUGCUCCACGUAGAUCCUCACCAGCGUCUCACAGCCAAGCAGGUCCUGCAGCAUCCUUGGAUAACCCAGAAGGACAGUUUACCCCAGAGCCAGCUCAAUCACCAGGACAUUCAGCUUGUAAAGGGUGCCAUGGCUGCCACAUACUCAGCACUGAACAGCUCCAAGCCAAGCCCCCAGCUGAAGCCCAUCGAGUCCUCUGUUCUGGCACAGAGGAGGGUGAAGAAGCUCCCCUCCACCACCCUGUGAGCCCCAUGGUGCAGGAACAGCCUGGAUUUUGCACACCUAUGGAAGAGGGGGACAGGGGACGGGCAGGGUCUGCACAGGGCUCCCCUGGGGACUUGUUCUCAAAGGCCAAGUGCCUUCCUGCUCCUGAAAGACUGGCUCCUCCUCGUGUGGACUGAUCUUUGCUGAAACAACUUCACUGUAAAACUUCUUUGACGUGUAAAUUGUCGAUUUUUAAAGAAAUCCUUCUGUGUAUAUGAGAACUAAAAUGUAUAACUGAUGUUAAGUGGCACUAAAAAGCAGCUCUGAUUCACCCUUCCCUGUGUAGGGAUAGGUAUUUGUUGUCCCUACAGCAUUUAUUGGAACUGAUCCUCCCCAACUCCACAGCAGCUGGAAGACUGUGUCACACUUGGGGUUUAGGCUUUGGGGCUUUUCCUCCCUCAAACCUUUGGAUACAUUUCCCAAAGCCAGCCCUGCAGCCUCCAGCCAACAGCACUCGUGUCCACCAAGGACCUCCCUCCCCCCGCAAGUCCUGUGUGUUUGUUCCAUGUAAGGUGGAUUUUGCAGCCUCUGUUUCUCCCUCUCUCCUCUGCUCCCCCAGCCCAGCCAGCAGCUCAGAUCUCUGAAAAAAAUAAACUACAUUUUUUCCAAGCCCUCAGGUGCUCAGCAGGCCAGGACACCUCCCAGGUUUCCUCCUCACUCCUUCCCUGUGCCUCCCAUCUCCUGUUGUCCCAUCACUGGGGAGUUUGUCACCUCUACAGGGGGCUGAUGACAGAACUUCCUCCUGGCAAAGCCGAGGCUUUGGGCUGGCUCUGGCUGCUGCUUUGACCAUUUGGGGCUGAUGCUUUGACCAUCCUUCCCCUCAGUAGGAACCUCUGAACCAAACUACCCUUCAUUUUUUAAUUUAACUUUGUUCUCCAGUAACUCAGAGUUUCUUUCUGACUCGUACAAUAAACAUCAUUCAGGGGC